CCCCCUCCGCAGUGUCCGGGCGGCGCCGGGCCGGGACGGAGCGGAGCGAGCGGCCAUGAGCCCCCUCAGCCUCCUCAGCGCCGUCCUGCUCGCAGCGCUCCUGGCGCCCGCGGCCGCUGGGCCCACCGAGUUCUUCCGCGAGGAGUUCGCGGAUGGAGACGCCUGGAGCCGGCGGUGGGUGGAGUCGAAGCACAAACCCGACUACGGGCGGUUCGUGCUCACGGCCGGCAAGUUCUACGGCGACGCCGAGAAGGACAAAGGCAUCCAGACGAGCCAGGACGCCCGUUUCUACGCCCUGUCCGCCCGGUUCGAGCCCUUCAGCAACCGGGACCGGGCGCUGGUGCUGCAGUUCACGGUGAAGCACGAGCAGAACAUCGACUGCGGGGGCGGCUACGUGAAGCUCUUCCCGGCCACUCUGAGCCAGGAGGACAUGCACGGAGACUCCGAGUACAACAUCAUGUUUGGUCCCGACAUCUGCGGCCCCGGCACCAAGAAGGUUCACGUGAUCUUUAAUUACAAGGGCAAGAACGUGCUCAUUAACAAGGACAUUCGCUGCAAGGACGACGAGUUCACCCACCUGUACACGCUGGUGGUGAGGCCCGACAACACCUACGAGGUGAAGAUCGACAACGGGAGGGUGGAGUCGGGGUCCCUGGAGGAGGAUUGGGAUUUCCUGCCCCCAAAAAAGAUCAAGGACCCCGAGGCCAAGAAACCUGAGGACUGGGAUGAGAGGGCCAAGAUCGAUGACCCCGAGGACACCAAGCCUGAGGUGAGG